AUCGUACUCAAUGUCCACGUUAGCAAGAGUGUGAUGUGUCAUGAUUAUACUCUGACACUGUACGUUCGUACACCAUAUCUGUACUAGCAGGGCAUGAACUGUCUCGGGCUUCACGUUCUAUACUGAUCGUGGAAUCGGUCAGCUCAAUCUCCCAAGGUCGGGUAUGACUGUCGUCAGGCCCUUCAUCGCCUGUUGAUUGAGACCAAGCAAGGGUCCUGCCCCCGAGCAGCGCGUGCGAGCCUGUCUUUCACCGACACAAUGGCCUUCUUCGGAGGUGAUGACCCAGAGGUCGCCAAGCUGAAGAAAUUGAUCGGGCAGAAAGACUUGACACUGUCAAACGUCGAGUCUGAAAGGAAUAGCCUUGUGGCACAGCUUGCCGAAGCCAAAAGCAGGGCACACGAGGCUUUGGCCAAAUUGGCGCAUGAAGAAGAACGGUCUUUGAAUCUCGAUCGUGCUCUGGCCAAGACGAAAAGCGACCUGGAAGCCUCGCUGCUCAAAAGCACCAACCUUGCCUCCGUCCUUGAGGCAGCAAAAGCAAGAGAGGCCGAAGCACUGAAACGCGACAAACUCAGCGAACGAGAAAAGGAGCGCUUCGACUAUGGGCGCAAUUUGGAAGUGGAACAAGAGCGCAAAGUGCUGGAAGACAGGGUCAAGAGCUUAGAACGGCAAGUGCAAGAGAAAGAUGAGGAGUUACGGAAUAGCCAAUAUUGGCCCGUGCAAGGUUCAAGAGCUCGUAGCGGUACAAGAGGCGUUGAUCCAGCGGCCAAGUUGCUUGCAUUGGAGAAUCAGCUUCUCACACUCGAGUUCGAGAACGAAAAGCUACGCAAAGCCACAUCCGAAUUACCAGUUCUGCCGCCAGCUCGUGCGCCUAUGGCAUCGCCUGCAGGGAAGCUCCCACGCGGGCGACGACCACGCUCUUCCUCCGUUACUGGCGCCUCAUCUCUCGGCGUCGGCUCAUCCUCGGAUCUACAUUCUAUUCGCGUGGCCGGCGAGCUCGAGAGCCUGCGUACUACGCUUGCGGAAGUGCAGUCCGAGCUGGAAGUCGCAACUGGUAAAUGGCAGAAGGCUGAGAAGGACAAGAUGAAGGCCGAGAAUGAAGCGAUUGCCGCGGAGCGCACGGGCAAGAAGCGGGUAGACGAGGUCAAAGAGGAGCUUGUAGAGUGCAAGAUGGAGCUCAAGUGGCGAAUUGAAGAGCUUCAGGAUCUGCACAAGGAAAAAGACCUCUUGAAGGAAGAGUUUGAGACGGUACAAAUGCUGCACACACGGCAGAACAGCUCGCACAGCGCAGGGGCAGCAGAAAUGAAAGACUUGCUGUCCAAGGUUGCGGCUCUGGAACAGCAACUUGACGACAAGGAAAAACAGCUCGAGCGCGCUUCAGCCUAUCUCCUCACUGCGCAAGACCGCAACUCUGACCUUCAAGCCCAGGUUGCUCGUUCGGAGCCUCAACCGGCCGAGUCAGCAGCCGAAUCAGCAAUGACUCUUAAUACUCAGCCACCUUCUCUUUUCACAUCCUCAUCUAGCUCCAGUCUCAAUACGUUUGCUGGCGCCAGCAACGAUCGGGCAAUUCGGGACCUCAAGCGUCAGCUUGCAUCACGAGAGCGCGAGCUCGAGGCACUGCAGGAAUCCCUGAAAGAGUCAGAGGACGCCCUUGAGAAGGCACAGGCCCAGCUGGAAGCGAGGGUGAACAGCGAUGUCGAUGCAGAGGGCGUUCAGGGCCUCGUGAGCUCGAAUGAACUCGACGGCCUCCGCGAACAGGUUGCGCGGAUGCAGGCCGAAUCGCAACACCUGCAGCAUAUGCUUGACACAGCCGAACGCGAGCGGGACGCUGCGAGGACCGAGUUAGUCCAACUUCGCUCCGCGAGCGAGAAUACAAGUGUAAACAAGGAUGAGCUCGAACAGCUCGAGUCCCAGGUGCAGGAGCUGAUGACCGAGCGAGAGCAGGUCCGUUCUCAGCUCCGCGAGGCGAAUCGUGAAAUCGCGAUGCUUAAAGACGAGUUCGGGGUGGAGGUAGGCGACAACGGGACCGUUGCGAAUGCAGUCGCAUCCGAAGAGGACGCAGAGGGGACCGAUACUUUGAAGGCGCAGCUUGCAACCCUCAGCGAGCACAUCAGCGCCGCCGUGGAAGAGCGAGAUGCGGCGAUCAUCGCUAAAGGUGCUUUGGAGGCCGAGCUCACCGCCAUCAAGUCAACGUGCGAGUCACAUGUGUCAGAGCUGCAGACUCUCACGAACUCCAUCGCCUCUCUGCAGGAGGAUCUGCAACAUCAAAAGGCAGAAGCUUCAGAGGCGAUGACUAUGGCGAAUGAGAAGCUAGAACAACAACAUAUUUUGCUCAAGGCUGUCAACGAGGAAAAGGAUCGGCUCCUUGACGCUAUCGAUCACUACGAAUCCGUCGUGCGAGCGAAAGACGACGAAGUCGACCGGCUUGGGCAAGCUCUCAAGGUCUACGAUGCCGAAGCUGCAGCUCGUGGCAGCGACGAUGCAGUGACGCGAGAAAAAUUGCAUGAAGAGAUCGAGAGGCGCGAUAACCAGAUUGCAGACCUGUUGCAGACUCUGUGGAAGCGCGAGGACAUGAUGAAAGUGAGCAAGCGCAAGCUUCACACGCUCGCUGAUGCUCUUUCGACUACCAUGGUGUUCGGCACGGACAGCGACUGGUCGAUAUACAUGGGUGGUCAGUCGGUGGUAGACAUCUCUGUCAGCGACACGCUGCGCCCUGAUGAUAGCGUCGAACGCGAGUUUGAGGAGAAUCUCCUGGACGAGAUUGAUAACAUUCGGAACACCUUCGACCAUCUCGAGCGUAUGGUAGAGCUUCAGCGUGCGGAGAUGGAACUGAAAAUCAAGUCGCUCGACGCGGAGCUUCAGGAGCAGAAAGAGGUCGCAACGCGACUUCGACAGGAUGUAGCAAACGUCAUCGCAACGAAUGAGUCCGCACAGGCACAAGCUCUCGACGCGCAGAACACGUCCGAUCUGAAUCGGAGAGCUUCGAAAGCACUGCACCUCUUCCGAGAUUUGCAGGCCAAGCAAGCUCAACUGGUGGACGUAGAAAGCAAACAGCGAGCUGUCGCAGAGGUCAAGAGCGAAAUGCACAAGACAAAGCAAUUGCAGAAUGCAGUCCAUCGUCAUGCAACCCAGCAAUCCGACACGCACACCGCUUGGAAGCAACUUCUCAGCGACGUACCUUGUCUAUCGGACCACAUCGACUCCUUGUUAGUCCCCACUGGGGCAGGUGCCGAAGAGAAGCAUUUCCUGACUCGCAUUCGAGAGCUGGAGGCCAAGCUUCUCCGUCGCGUGGAGCAGAUCGGCCUUGAGCAGUUUAAGCUGCGUCAGGUAGAGGCUGAGCUGCAUCGGGUCAAGACCCAACUUGAGCUAUCACAGAACGAUGCGCAAGAGAACGACGAGGACCUAAAAGCUGCUCAAUCUGAUAUUGUAGAUCUUCAACAACGCCUGGCUAGCUCGGGCCACGAUGCACAAGAGCAGAUCGAAUCACUCAACGUACAAUUGGAAGAACGGGAGAAAGCCGUUGCCGCCAUAAGGCUGCAGUAUGAGCAAACUUUGACAAACGUAUCGCAGCUCACAGAAACAUUGGAGUCUGCGCAGGCGUGCAUUCAAGAUCUACAGGCGGGUAAGGAAGCUGCCGAAGGAGAGCUUCAACACCGCGUCGGCGCACAUGUGGAGAUUGAAGCCAAGCUCACCUCCCUUCGGGAAAAAGAGCAGCAACUUCAAUUCAGCUUGACACGUUCUGAAGAAUCUAUCACGGCGCUGCAGAGUCAAUUGGACGCAUUGUCUCAAUCCAAAGAGCAACUUCUAGCCGAGAACGGCUCAUUGCAAAUGGCAAAGGAGGCGGCUGAGGCCGAUGCCAAAGUUGCGUUAGAGUCCCUCGUCCUGGCUCAGCAAGAUGCCACCGCCGCUCAGCGUGCCCUGGAAGAAGUCAAGGCAAGCAGCGAAGCCGUCCGUCAGCACCACGCAGAGGCUUCCUCAACUCAGGAAGAGCUUAAGACCCAGCUUGACAGCAUGCGUGCAUCUCAGAUGGCCGCAGAGGCCGCGAGGGAGGCGGCAGAGACUGCGCAGCAGGUUGCACAGUUGCAGCUUUCUGAUGCCGAGGCGCGCCUUCUCCACCUGGAACAAGCCCAUUCUGAAGAGAAGCUGAAGCUCUCUAAAUCGAUUGAAAGGCUGGAAGCGGAGGUGCGCGCCCUGGGUGAGCUGCAGGACAAGAUCGCAAGCUUACAAGCCGAGCAAGAAUCAGCGCCGCAAAGGAUAAACGAUAUCGUGGGCCAGGCUGUCGCUGAAGCAAUUUCAGCCGAGGCAGAGAAGAGAAAAGAAGCUGCCGCUGAGCUUUCCUCUGUCCAAGCGGCACUAGUCACGGCGCAGGCUGAACACUUACAACUGCGCUCCUUUGUCACAACACGGGAGAAUGAAUUGGCGGACCUCAAGUUCCGCUUGCAAGAGUCAGACGAGAAGUACUGGAACACCAAAGAGGAGCUCGCCACGCUGCAGGAGAGGGAAGAGCAGCUCCAAGAGGGGCAGCAAGACCUCGAGCGUCUCCGGAAGGAGCUUGGUGGCCACGAGCGACUCAUCACUGAUCAACUAAUUAUGCGUGAAGUUCUCGAGAAAGAGUUAGGACAAGCGGAAGCAGACCUUUUGAGCGCCAAGGAGGCGCUUGAGGGAGCAGGUACUGAGAGGGCGAAGCUAGCUUCUGAGCGCGACGAGCUUGCCUCGCACUUGAAGGAAGAGCAGGCUCAGAAAGCCGACAUCCUGGAGCGUAUCAGCAUCUUGGAGGCCGAGCUUGAAGAGAAGGCCAACGAGAUCGAGGAAAACGACACUCAGGUCUUCGAGCUCAAGAGGGAUAACAAAAAGCUUAUGAGCAAGGUGCGCCUGCAGGACGAGCGCAUUAGACAGCUCAUUGCGAGUAGCACCAGCGCCAGUGGUAGUCAUGCUGGUGGAUCAACGAGUAUUGCAAGUGCAAAAAUCCGCAGCGGUGAGGUCACGUCAAGCGUGGCCCCCGUGACAGGACGCAAGCGCAGCAAUCCGGACGAAGCGCAAAAUUCACACCAAGCGGAAACGAAUGGCGAGCCAACCGUUCGUGCUGUCUACAUGCCGAAGAGCCCUUCCAAAAAUACCGCUACUCAUCGGAAGCAGGGAAGCAGCAGCGGCAGCAGUAGCGCCGCCCGAGUCGAGCGUAAGCACAGACCAAUGGAAACUUCGCAGCCGGCGACACUUGGCCGCACAGCCUCAGCUGGCGUCGAAGUACAAGUGAGCUGUGCGAGUUCGCCGGUCAAAGGGAACAAAGACCCCUUCACGGCGCCUGCACCAACGACCAUCAAUACUGCAGCGGCACUGAGCGCCAAGAACCCAAAUGCUACUACCAUCAGCGCCACAAACAGUCUGGUCGCUUGCGAAAAGCAAGAUGCCGUGACGAUGAGAACGCCAGAGAUGGAUCGGAGCUUACGAAGUGGUGCCCAAUCAGCAAUAGCAGCAAGCGGCAAGAGCCCUUAUGAAGUGCAGACUACGCUUUCCUUGGCAGCUUCAGCUGGCACGCAUGCACUGCGCGCAAGACUAGCCAUGGCUCGAGGCACCGGAAGGGGAUGAGAGCGACGGACGCUAUGUCUCGGGGACCCAAUUCUCCACACCGACAUCAUGACCUCUCUUCGUCCGGGCCACGGCAAAGCGUCGCACGGGCAUGUAUCAUACCAUAUCCAGAAUUUCCUACAUCCCUU